GUGUGUAGCAGAUGGCCAGGCUGUGAUGUCAGUAGUUGUCAGAUGGUAAGGGUUUCAGUAGUCGCAGAUUCUCAAAGCUGUUUUCUGGCCCGUUUUGUCCAUUUUAACAGUUUAUUCAUCACAGCCAUAAAGAUCUUUAUCUAAUCUUCUACACUUUCUUGGGGAAAAAGGUUUAUAACUCAUUUCAUAACACUACUUGUAUGUGGACUGUGUUUCAGGAUGUGCAUUUGGACUAAGGAUUUUACGGCUACAUGCAAUGAACGUUACAGGAAUGCAUUCCCUGUGAAGAUGUACAAGGACAACAUGUAAUUCGGCUAAUUCUCCAUUUUGGGUAUUAACUCUUGAUCCACAAUGCCAGACCCCUCGAUGUUGGUGACAGAGGGGGUGAUUCCCACAGUGGUGUCAACACACAGCUGUGUUCUGGAGGUCAGGAACAAUUAUGAGGUCAUUCCUUCAAUAGCCUGCACUGUGUGCUUUAUACUAGGGACUUUCUACUGCUUCUGUGGAUACCGCUGUUUUAAAUUAGUGAUGUUCCUGUCUGGGCUGGCAUUUGGGACUGGCAUAGGCUACCUGCUGUGUCUCCGAGAGCAGCUGCUGGACUCGCCACUGGACGCAGAGACACGGGCAGGCAUCUCUCUAGGCAUUGGCUUACUAGGAGGAUUGGUGAGCAUAUUAGUGCGUUGUGUGGGGCUGUUCCUCACUGGUCUCCACCUGGGCCUGCUGUUCUCCAUCACCGCUCUGUUGGCAGCAGGACAGUAUUACCCCGUCCUCAGUCCUGUGUGGGUACCUGCAGGAACAGUACUUGGCACUGGUGUAUUUUUCGCUGUACUGACACUCUGCUGGCAGAGAAGCAUGACCAUGGUGGCUACAGCAACUCUUGGUGCCGCCAUUGUCAUGUCAUGUAUGGAUUACUGCAUGAAGACACCAAUGCUGGUGUGGAGAGCACAUCUGGGGCUGCAGAGGAACCAAGAAAAGGUGCUGUGCUGGUACAGCUGGCUGAUGUUGGGCAUCUGGAUUGUGGUAGCAGCUUUGGGAAACCUAGUGCAGCAUAAAUUCACUGCCAAAGGAAUGUCACACACUGAAGUGAUAGUGAGUGGAAAACAAAAGCAGCUCCAGCUGAUGAAGAUCAGACAGGCAAAUGCACGUCGACUUCCAGCCGGAAAAUAUCGCCGCAGACCUCCACCUCUCAAACGAUACGCAGGAGAUGUGCUCGCUCCGAGCUACUUGGCGAACCUCCGCGAGAGGCAGACGAGCACGGGCUCGUCUAUGAGCAGUCUGAGCACCGUCUACCACACCAUGAUCGACUUUGACUUUGAGACAGGAUCCAUGGUGCCUCUCACAACCUCCUCACCUGCAGUGAUCAGGGUGUAAAUGAACUCAGAAACAUGCACAACCACAACCACCCAAACACCCCCUCAUACACACACUUGGGAAGAGGAUUCGACAGUGUUGAGUAGCAGCUGAGGUGAACAGACUAGACGAGUGCUUCAGAGAGUGUGUAUGUGUGUGCUGACAACUUGGACUCUGAUUUGACUAAUAACAAGUCAGUGGAGUUUACUGAAGAAUUAACACCGAAUCUUCUCAGGACUUCAGGGUGCAUAAACACUUAAAGCCACAAUUACUCUAAAACUCUUACUCGUUACUUUAGCUUGUUACUUUAACACAACCCUAACUAAUUUGCAUUCACCUUUGAAAGUCAGAUAGGCUAUAUAACAAAUAUUUGUGACCUGUCCUGCCUGCCUGCUCCUGCUGUUAUUUUUGUUAGUAUCAACACACGGUAUUUUCUUAUGAAUUCAGUUGGUUCUGUUUCACUAAAUUGUAAAGAUAUUAGUGAUUUUUGAGUUAUGAUUGAAUGAGUGUAGUAAUCAUGUGAUAUAGUGCUGCAUAAAUACUAUACUGUCUCCAUUACUCUCUUCUAUUAAUGUACAUGGCCUUUCUUUCUUCCUAUCUGGCUGAUUCCACCUGCAUGAAAGUUAAAACUAUCCACUUCCACAAGAUUUCAGUAGAGGGCAGGUCACAUCGCAGUCAUGAUAGGUGUUUUUACUGAUAUGUCUGUCUGCUGAUUUCAAUUUGGGUUUGUUCUUUUGUUUGGUUUCCAACUGAACUUAAUUAAACAAUAUUUUUAAUACUUUUAAUGCUGAGGGAGAUAUAGGGCUGAAUAUGGAAGAAUGGAUAAACUAAACACUGCUUUAUGGUGAAAGCACUGAUUAUAACUGUAACACGACCUUAGUUUGCAUUCAAACCAAGCACACAUCAUAUCUCUCUCCUGAGCUGUGGAUAAGAGGCUUUAUGAUCACAUUUAAUCUCUCUCUCUCUCUCUCUCUCUCUCUCUCUCUCUCUCUCUCUCUCUCUCUCUCUCUGUCCCUUGAGAACUAGUCAAAUUUACACAACUGCACUAUUUUUGUUUUAUACAGUAUGUA